GUUCUGUGGCGUUCCUGGGGCUGUACCUGGUGUUCGGCUAUGGCGCCUCGCUGCUCUGCAACCUCAUCGGCUUCGCCUACCCCGCUUAUGUCUCCAUCAAAGCCAUCGAGAGCUCCAGCAAGGAGGACGACACCACGUGGCUGACGUACUGGGUGGUGUACGGCGUCUUCAGCAUAGCCGAGUUCUUCUCCGACACCUUCCUCUACUGGUUCCCAUUCUACUACGUUGGGAAGUGCCUGUUCCUGGUGUGGUGCAUGGCCCCCGUGUCCUGGAACGGGUCGCAGGUGCUCUACCAGAAUGUCAUCCGGCCCUGCUUCCUCAGGCACCACCAGACCGUGGACAACGUGCUGGGCCACCUCAGCACCAAAGCCCUGGACGCGGCCUCCAGCGUCACUCGAGAAG